GGCCCUCUGCCUCGACGCGCCCCCUUCUCUCUGGAAAAACACACACCACCCAUUUCCCAAGGCUCGGCUCAUCGCGGCCCUUCCCGGAACCUCCGCCUCGACGCUCCCCAGGCUCCGCUCAGUGCUGCUUCCAGGAGAACAGGGAGGGUGGACGGCCCCCAUCACGCAUCAGUGUUGCGGGACCUAGCGGGGAGCCAGCAGGAAGCUGUCGGCCAGUGUGCCCACUGCACUGUCUGCCCGCAUCCCCACUGCCUCACAUCACAGGGGAAAGGCUCAGCACAGCCGCGGGCGACCGAGACAGAAUGGUGGCCUGAAGCCCAAACCCAGCCAAAGGCACUUUCCCCAGAUUCCCUGAGAUCUAGGCAGCAUCGCAAUAGCCCACGCAGGGCGCCAGAUUUGUUGAGCAUUACAGUGUUGUUAGGUCUUCUGUACAUUGCCACAUAGUUAUCCUAGGACCCCACAAGGUAGGAGCUCUUAUUUAUGUUUCACGGUCAGAAAAGCAGGCACAGAGAGGCCCAGAAGCUCAAAGCUCGUAAAUGACAGAGCCUGGACUUGAGCCCAGGCCGAGCUCUGUCCAUCUCUCCUCUACCUCCCAACCCUAUUCACUACACAAACGCAUACAGUGUGCAGGACGGUGCUGGCCCCAGGCCAGGCAUGCAGAGGUCCAUGAAACGGCCGGGCACGCAUGUCACAUGCAAGCACGCAUUUCACAUGCAUGCAUGCAUUUCACAUACACGCACGCUUGUGGAAAGAUGGGGGCUUUUCUCUCUGUGGUCAGGGCCCCAGCGGCCUUCCCCUCUUCCCUCUCACUCUGGUUCAUCCUUCCAGAUGGCUCUGCCCACCCAAGCAACCCAGACUGUGAAGAGUCCCGGGAAAGCAGCAGUAGCGGCGGCUCCGAGCCAGAGCCUUCUGGCCGUCAGCUCUUCUGCCUGGAAUAUGAGGCGGACAGCGGCGAGGUCACAUCUGUUAUCGUGUAUCAGGACGAUGAUCCAGGAAGGGUGAGCGAGGAGGUGUCGGCACACACGCCUCUGGAUCCACCCAUGCAAGAGGCCCUCAAGUUGCGCAUCAAGGAGGAGAUUGCAAAGCGCCAGAGCCGAGACUGACGGGGCCGAAAGCAUUCCCUCCAGGCUGGGGUCGCUGCCCAGGGAGCUCCCUAGUUUAGGGGUGCCAGGACCAGUCUGGGCUGAUCUUGAUACACAAACACACCCCAGAGCUGCUAGAGGGUGCUGCAGGGACAAUGCCUGACCACCUUCCUUGUAUGUUGGCCCAUUGACCAGCCUGAUUGGGAACUUUUGAGAAUUUUGUUUGGCUAGCCUGGUGUUCUAGAAGCAGAGACGCCAGGGAGAGCCAAGGUUUAUGAGCCUUAUGCCAACAUGCUGCUUUCUCACCGAGUUCAUAUGCCCUGGGAUGGCUGGCCACUGCUGCUCCACCCAGCUCUGAACCACGUUAUUUUAGGGUUCCUUCCCACCGGGCUUCUGCUCAUGUUCAUUCAUGUUUUCUUAAGUCUUUUUUUUUUCAGCUGUUUCUUUGUUCUUUCCUUCAUCUUUUUGUCUCCAAGUCCAUCAGUUCCGCCCCACUCCCCACCUCCCAGUGUGACUGUACCUCCAGCUGCUCAGGACUUUGGAGGUUUGGGGUCGUGGUGGGGUGAGGGGGCCGCUACCUUUCUGACACACUCGCCCAGUAAUCCCGAUACCAACACAGUGAGAGAUGUUCAUUUUUGAGGCCAACUCCCAAGCAUGUCUCCCUCCCCUGCCAUGGCUUUUUCAAGUUUCUGUCAUGCCCCACUGCUUUACACUAUCUAGAUAAGGAGACCUAAGAAGAUGAUGCCAAAACUAAAUUGCAAGGAUUUCUUGCAGCAAAACCUGCCUUGGUUAGGACUAAGCUAGAGUUCUAGCUUUCAGCCUCAUCCCUUAAAGGGGAAUUAUCAAAACAUGCUUAAAACUGCCUCUCCAAAUGUGAUUUAACAGUCUGGAACAUAGAUACAAAGAGCAAUUCAACAGCAAUAAUUGCCUAUUUAGAACCCUAGUUGCAAAGGGGGCGGGGGGGGAGGGGGCAAACAAUGUCUCAGAGGAAAUGAACCUCUCAUCUGCUCUUCCCCUGCCCCAUUCUUUCUCCUUUCCUGCCUCCCUAAGAGUAUAUAAUCUCCCAACAGAUCCUUAUAAUAAAAAUCCCCGGAGUAUCAGUGCUU